UCAGUGCUAAUAAAAAGCACUGACACUGUACUAAUGGCACUGGGCAAGAAGGGGUUAACAUGUGGGGCGCAGGGGCAGACUGACCAUUUGAAAACUCGGGCACUGCCCAAGGGCCCAGGGUCAGUAGGGGGCCCCAUGAGAUGCCCCUGGUACCUUUUUCAUAGGCUUUUUUGAGUUUGGGCAAGGACACAGGGGCCCCAUGAUACCCUAUUGCCCGAGGGCCCCGUGAGUUGUCAGUGCGCCCCUGUGGUUAGCAUUUCCGCCUGGCAGUACUAGGGUUGUUGGUUCAAAUCCCAACCACGGCACCACCUGCC